AUGGGAUUGUUCAAGAAUUAUCGAGUUUAUGUCUUGACGACAGUGGCCUACUCCGGGUCCCUGCUCUUUGGGUUUGAUACCGGAGUAAUGGGCAGUGUCCUAGCCAUGUCCAGUUUCAAGAAUGAUUUCGGGCUCCCAACGGGAUCCGAUGGUUUUGCAGACUCACAGAAUGCCCAGGUCUCCUCCAACGUGGUGUCUCUGUUAACAGCCGGCUGUUUUUUUGGUGCUAUCUUCGCUGCUUUCCUCAAUGACCACCUCGGACGUCGCUACUCCCUCAUGAUCCUUACUGUGGUGUUCCUGAUUGGAGCUGCCCUUCAGGUUGGCGCAAGUCAUGCUAUUGGCAUGAUUUAUGCUGGCCGUGUCGUGGCUGGGUUGGGCAUCGGUGGAAUGUCCAGUAUUACACCAGUGUUUGUGGGUGAGAGCUGUCCCCCGGAGAUCCGAGGACGGAUUGCGGGUCUGUUCCAAGAAUUUCUAGUCAUCGGAAGCACAUUCGCGUACUGGCUGGAUUAUGGAGUGGCACUGCGCAUCGAGCCUAGCACAAAGCAAUGGCGGAUUCCCGUCGCCAUCCAGCUCAUCCCGGGCGGGCUUAUGUUGAUUGGACUCUUCUUUCUCAAAGAGUCCCCUCGCUGGCUGACUAGUAAAGGCCGUCAUGAAGAGGCGCUUCACUCUUUGGCGUAUAUUCGAAACGAGCCUAUCGGCAAUGAGGCCGUGCAGACAGAACUGGCUGAGAUCCGUGCCUCCAUCGAAGAGGAAAGAGCCGCAACAGAAGGGCUGACAUGGAAGGAGUUCCUUCAGCAGAGCAACCGAAACCGCUUCGUAUUUGCGUUUGUACUCAUGCUUUGUCAGCAGUUCUCAGGCACGAAUAGUAUCGGAUAUUAUGCGCCGCAGAUCUUCCAGACCAUCGGUCUCAGCGCGACCAACUCCUCUCUUUUUGCCACCGGCGUGUACGGAACCGUCAAGGUCGUCGCGACGGCAGUCUUCUUGUACAUUGGUAUUGAUCGUUGGGGACGGAAGAAGAGUCUUAUAGGUGGCUCGAUCUGGAUGGCUUCCAUGAUGUUUAUCAUCGGUGCCGUCUUGGCCACACACCCGCCUGACACAUCCGCGUCAGGAGUUUCCUCGGCCUCUAUUGCCAUGGUCGUCAUGAUCUAUCUUUAUGUCAUCGGCUACAGUGCCUCAUGGGGGCCAACCCCUUGGGUCUAUCUGAGUGAGAUUUUCCCAACUCGCCUACGUGCAUAUGGCGUUGGCCUUGGAGCAAGCAGCCAAUGGCUGUUCAACUUCGUUGUCACCGAAUUUACACCCCACGCGGUGCACAACCUGGGCUGGCGGACGUUCCUGAUGUUCGGCAUCUUCUGCGUGGCCAUGGGUGUCUUUGUCUUGUUCUUCGCCAAGGAAACCAAAGGCCGCUCCUUGGAGGAGAUGGACGUUCUCUUUGGGGCAGUCGAUGAAAAUGAGCGACGCGCUGCAGUGGAACAUAAAUUGAACAAGGGCGUGGCUACUCACAUCGAGCGGACCGAGGAUGACAAAGUCUAG